AUGCUUCCCGAUUCACCACAAAAUAUUGUUGUUGUAAGAGCACCAUCACCAUCUGUUCAUUACAUAGCUGGUAGUAUGAUUAGUGAUACAUCAAGUAGCAUUUUAUUAACACCAAACCAUCAUCCACAAACAACAAUAUCAACAGUACAACAACCAAUUCAUUCAUUUAAUCAACCGGUUUCAGAAUCAUGGUGUUUAACAAGUGUUAAAGUUAUUAAAUUUUCAUUUCAUUGGACAAUAAAUAAUUUUUCAUUUUGUCGUGAAGAAAUGGGUGAAGCAUUAAAAUCAUCAUCAUUUUCAGCCAAUGCAAAUGAUAAACUCAAAUGGUGUUUACGUCUUAAUCCAAAAGGUCUCGAUGAAGAAUCAAAAGAUUAUUUAUCACUUUAUUUAUUACUUGUUGCUGCACCGAAUAGUAAAUGUGAAACACGGGCUAAAUUUAAAUUUUCAAUAUUAAAUUCAAAAGGUGAUGAAACAAAAGCUAUGGAAUCUCAACGUGCUUAUCGAUUUGUUCAAGGAAAAGAUUGGGGUUUUAAAAAAUUUAUUCGCCGUGAUUUUUUAAUUGAUGAAACUAAUGGUCUUUUACCAGAUGAUAAAUUAACAUUGUUUUGUGAAGUUAGUGUUGUUGCCGAUAGUGUUAAUAUUAGUGGACAAACACAAAUUAAUUCACUUAAAAUUCCUGAAUGUCAUUUAAGUGAUGAUUUUCAAUCGUUACUAGACAAUUCAACGUAUUCCGAUGUAACACUUGUUUGUGGUCAUAAAGAAUUUCCUGUUCAUAAAGCAAUAUUAAGUGCACGAUCGAAAGUUUUUCAAGCAAUGUUUGAACAUAAAAUGUUAGAAAAUGAACGUUCACGUGUUGAAAUCGAAGAUAUUGAUGGUGAUAUUAUGUUUGAAAUUCUUCGUUUUAUAUAUACGGGUAAAGCACAAAAUCUUGAUACAUUAGCUGAUGCACUUUUACCAGCUGCUGAUAAAUAUUGUUUGGAAAGACUUAAAGUACAAUGUGAAGAAGCAUUAUGUACAACAAUUGAUCGUGAUAAUGUUGCUGAUACACUUAUACUUGCUGAUCUUCAUUCAGCAACACAAUUACGACAACAAGCUAUUGAUUUUAUAAAUGCACAUCCACAAGAUGUGUUAGAGACAAUUGGUUUUCAAACAAUGAUUCGUACACAUCCACAUUUAUUAGCAGAUGCUUAUCGAGCUAUGGCAUCAUUACAAAAUAAUAUUAUAUGUCCGCCUAGAAAAAAGCAGAGAACUACAUGA